GCUGCCGGACUCUUCAGAUCACAUCGCAAACGUCACUGUAGCGACCACAAGUCACCCCGCCGGCAACUUCCGCAACCAGUAUCCUUGGCGUACGCCACAUGUCACAUGCAGAACUGAGCUCCCCACCACUCGAGAUACCUAUCGUUUGUCCUCCCACCCAAGUAGCAUCACACGCUCGCGAUGGAUGACUUCGCCCUCCCCUCUCUAGAGUGGGACGUCAUCGUCUCCGGUACAGGCGUAAAGCCAUCUCUUCUCGCCGCCGCCCUCAGCCGUGCUGGAAAACGCGUCCUCCAGGUCGACGAUAAAGACUACUACGGUGAUACGCAAGCGGCAUUUUCACUCGACGAGCUUGAGGGUUGGGCUGCGUCCGUGUCCGCACCCUUCUCUCAUGCCUCCUGCGAACGAAGAGCUACCAUCGCCCGUCCUCGGAGCUACACGCUCACUCUUGCGCCGCACUUGGUCUAUUGGAGCAGUAAUCUGCUGGAGCUGCUGCGAAAUGUUGAGAUGACUACGUCGUUUACUUGGCAGGCGGUGGGGAGUUGGUGGAUUUUCCUGACAGACGAGGACGUGGCACAGCGCUCUUCCGGUGGCGGCGGGAUCGGUGGCGCACUGGUGGAUGCGGGAGUCAAGGCUGUGAAAGUCGGAGACACGGUACGCAAGAAGGCAGGCUGGAACAAAGGGCGGAAACGGGAGAGCCGUGAUCUCACCUCCGACCUCCCGCCCGAACUCCAGCAAACCGGCGACGCCCCGACACUGCGCAAGCUCGGCGGGGUCCUCCGCGAGGUUCCAUGCACGUUCGAAGAUGUAGCGUGGAGCCCCGACUUGCAGGAUCGAGAUCGCGGGUACUUGGGCGGGCUGUUGCGGUUUAUCUCGAAGUGCUCGGACCCAGAGGAUACGAAACAUCAUCAGCUGUUGGCCGAGCACGCCGAUACUCCGCUAUCUGAGUUUCUGACUACGGUGUACCCACUUCCCCCGUUCACUAUUGCCUCGAUCCAUUCCCUUACACUCCUCCCAACGCCUCCUGAGGCAACACCGCUACGUACAGCGCUGGACGCACUCAUUCGUCAUGUAUCCAGCAUCGGUCGUAUACCCGAUAUCCGCUCCGCGGCCGCACUAACAAUCGCCUACGGAGGCAGCUCGGAGCUAUGCCAAGUUUGGUCCCGGGGGGCGGCUGUAGCAGGUGGAAUCAACGUCCUUUCUCGUGGGAUGACAUCCAUCACCCCGGGCGAUGACGGAAAACAUUGUAUAUCGCUAUCCAAUGGUGAGGUGGUGACAGCACUGUGGGUUCUCACCACCGCCACCACCGCCACUGCUGCCCCCUCCUCUAUCACCUCGCUGGCAAAAGGGAUCUUUGUUAUAUCUGCCCCGUUACACGCCCUCUUCACUAAGAAAUUUGCCGACGACCGUAUCCCGCCUAAUGCCGCGGUGUUGACCUUCCCCUCCGGCUCCCUGAAGACCGAAGACCAAGUAUGCAACAAGAACCCCGUCUACAUUAUCGCACAUGCCUCCGCCACCGGCGAGUGCGGGCCCGGAGAAGCGGUCCUCUACACCUCCACUCUUUCUCCGCAACCUGUGGGGUACGUCUUCUCCGAGCUCGCUGUGCGCCGGGUACUAUCAGCUUGUGGUGAGGAAGGAGCCGAUAUUUCCUUCGUGUGUAGAUUCACGCAAGAAUUUGCUACCCCCAUUGCCGCGGAUAGUAAAGAGGAUGGUUUGGUGGAGCUAAGCCCGAUGAGUGGAGAUUUGGCAUUUGAUGCUGGUGUUGUUGAGGAGUGCAAGCAAGUCUAUGAGAGGAUCAUUGGGACCAAGGAGGGGUUUCUGGAGAUGACGGAGGAGAUGAGGAGACAGUAUGCGUUGGCUGAAGAGGAAUAAUAGGUAGGUAGAUACCUGGAAUCAUUGGCUGCAUAGGAGAGCAAAUGCAUGAUUGAUCGCCCGGAUUUCAAGUGUCUGCACUACAUCUUAUGCGGUGAAUGUGAUUUUGGAAGAAAAAAAAGACUAUGUAUUCUGGUACCGUAAGGUUCGCCUUGGAAUUUGAG